AUGGAUGAUUCAGAUGAGGAGUUUGAAAUAUUAUUUGGUGAUACUUCUUCUUCAUCAAGCGAUGAAUUAAUUGGUCAAGUUAUCAUGCUUAAUCGAUUACAAGAGAUGCAAAAAUCUCAACAGAUUAGACGACCACUACGCACUUCAGAUAUGUCUGGACGUCAAUAUUUACUUGAGCUGUUAACUGGACACCCUGAUAGAUUGUUUUACACAAUUAGAAUGGACAUUAAUACUUUUAGAUCUUUAUGUCGUCGAUUAGUUGAAAUGGAAGUCAUAGAACAUGAUAGGGUAAUUAGUGUUGAAGAAGCUGUUGUCAUGUUUCUAUGGAUAGUUACACACAACCAACGAGUUAGAACUGUGGCUGAAAGAUAUCAACAUUCAGGAGAAACUAUUUGUCGUCAGUUUGGUAGAGUGCUAGAUGCAUUGUGUUAUUUAGGAAAUGAAGAUUGUGUUGGAGCAAUUGAUGGUACUCAUGUAAGUGCAGUUGCACCAACUCUAAAACAACUUGCAUUUAGAGGAAGAAAAGUAGAUGUAACACAAAAUGUAAUGGCUGCAUGCUCCUUUAAUAUGAUGUUUACUUAUGUCUACGCUGGAUGGGAAGGAACAGCCAAUGAUUCCCGAGUGCUUCUUGAUGCAAUGAGAAAAGAUGAUAACUUCCCUAUGUCACCACAAGCACCAUAUCGUGGUGAACGUUAUCACUUGCAUCGUUUUAGAGCAAGAGGGAACCAUCCUAGAGGUGCGAUGGAGUUAUUCAAUUAUAGACACUCAUCAUUGCGUAAUGUGAUUGAACGUUGUUUUGGACUUCUAAAAGCUAGGUUUCCAAUUUUGAAGUCAAUGCCUCCAUACUUGCUUGGAAAGCAACGUCGAAUACCAAUAGCAUGUUGUGCUAUCCAUAACUGGAUUAGAAUGCAUUCUAUUAAUGAUGAAAUGUUUAAACAAUAUUCAGUUAAUGCCAGAAUUGUAGAAGAUAUUGAAGGAACUGAAAACCAAUCUAAUACAACAACUGAAAACCAACAAGAAGGAGAUGGAGCAGGAAUUUCUGAGACACCAGAGUUGAAUUUCAGUCAAGCUUAUAUGGCCCAGAUGGAAAGUGUUAGAGAUGGCAUUGCUGGACAAAUGUGGCUUAGUUAUAACAACAAUACUUAA